UCUUCCAGUACUCCAACUCCUCCUCCGCAGACUCUUAUCUCUCUCUCUCUCUCUCUCUCUCUCUCUCUCUCUCUGUGACAGGCACGCGCUCACCUACAUGGCGUCUCUCACUCCAGGGAUACUCCUGAAGCUCCUCCAAUCAAUGAACUCCACCACCCGUGUGACCGGAGACCACCGCUCGGCUCUCCUACAAGUCAUCGGCAUAGUCCCUGCCCUAGCCGGUUCUGACCUCUGGCCCAACCAUGGCUUCUACGUCCAGCUCUCCGACUCCCUCAACUCCACCUACGUCUCCCUCUCCGAACGAGACAACGACCUCAUCUUGACCAACCGGUUGCAGCUCGGCCAGUUCGUGUACGUGGACCGCUUCGAAUUCGAUUCCCCCGUUCCGCGUGUCUGUGGGAUCCGCCCAAUCGCCGGGCGCCACCCAUUCGUUGGAACCCCCGAACCGCUCAUUGCGCGGAUUUCAGCCUCAAAACGCGAGUUUGUGAUUCAACCUGUCGCGGACUCGGAUCAAUCGGCUGACCCGAUCGCUAUUUAUUUGUCCAGCAAGAAGUUAGAGGAAGCUCGAAGCGAAAAUAAGGAAUCAUUGAAGCUCGAGUCGAAGGCUGAAAAGGGCAGAUCAAGGCAGGCUCUGGCACCUCGAGAAAAUGUACUUGCUGGAAAUGUGGGGAAUUAUGAUGAACCAAAGACUUCGGAUAGGCCUCAGAGGUUCUCAUCUCCUGCAAGUGCUAAAAGAUCAGUAUCAAGAGGGAAGAAGAACGUGGCUGUAGUGGAGAGAGACCCAUCACCGGCGGCAAAGGGAAAGAGGUCGGCAUCUCCAGUGCCUUCAAAAUGUGUGGUUCCGAGCUUGGUUUCUGCUCGGGAAGAGAAUCGGAAGAUAUCAAGGGAGCCGUCAAUCAUCGUGCCUUCAAGGUACAGGCAGCCAUCUCCAAAUGGGCGGAAGCAGGCUUCGCCUAGUGCACGAAGGGCUUCUCUUUCUCCAGGUAGGAGGUUGUCGGGGGUCAAGCUUUCGCCCAUGGUGGCCGGAGGUCCCGUGGAUUCCACCAGUAAGAAGAAGAUGGCAACUAUUGUUGCUGGGAUUUCCAAGGUUUCGGAAGCGCUUGUUGGGUCUGCAAAGACAAUUCGGAAGAGCUGGGAUGAGCCGCCAGCAAUGGCAGCCCCAGUGGAGCAGAAAGAGAAGGCUGUUUCAAAGAAUAAACCGGAUCUGCAAGCAAUUUUGCGGACUCAGGCUGCAAUUUCUAGACGUUUAAGUGACAUAAACGGCCGAAAACUGAGUACCGACGAUUCUUCAAGUGAUGAGAAAACUAAACUAAGCUCUCCUGACAGUUGUCUGGUUGAAGAAAAAUUAAACUUAGGAGCUCUUGGUAUCCCUGUUCAUGAAAAGAAAUGGACUGACGGCAGUGUUCCAUUGGAUGCAGUGUCUGUUGAUCUUGCAAGCCUUGGGAAGGAUGCCAUGCAAAGGAGAGCUGCUGCUUCUGCAGCUGCAGCUGAAGCAUUGAAGGAGGCCCUUGCUACUGAAUCUGUUGUAAGGAGUUUGAGCAUGUUCUCAGAACUCUCUUCUGAAUGCAAGGCUGGAAAUCCUUUGCCCACCAUUGAUAGGUUCUUCACAAUCUAUAACGAUGUUGUGAGAUCAACUGUGAUUGCUGAAUCAGUUUCUAGUAGCCAGAAUUCUGACAUGCCUGAUGACAGUAUCCCCACAGAGCAAUCUAAUCUGUGGGUUGAAGCUGCCUUGGCAACAGACCUGCAGAUUGUCUCCCUUCUUACCAGCCAAGAUCAUGAUCCCCCAUCAACUCUAAAGAAAAGUUCGUCAAGACGAAAAUCUUCUCAUAAUGCACCUCCCAAGGUCCAUCAAAAGGUCUCGUCGUCUUCAUUGCCACAAUCCAAUCCGAGUAGUGGGGUGUGGACAAGGGGUCAUGGUAUGAAAGAAACAGCAGAGCUUGCAACGAAGUUGCUAUCUGAAAUGCAAAUGUGGUUUCUAAGAUUUGUUGAGGAGUCCCUUGAUGCAGGUUUUAGAGUGUUGGGAGAGCGUGGCACUGAAGGAGGUAAAUCAAUAUGUCUUGAUGGGAGCUCCAUUGCUGUAGUUUUAUCUAAGUUGAAGCGAGUCAAUGAUUGGUUGGACCUUGUGGUUUCUAAAGGGGAUGAACAGCUGACAGAAAAGGUUGAACGGCUGAAGCGAAAGAUCUACGGAUUUGUCAUCCAGCAUGUUGGGACUACGUUUGAUAGCUCCUUGUCCCUUGCUUCUUCUUGAUGUUCUCUGCUUUUUCUUCUCUUUUGUGAAUUAUGUUUGAAUUCUGAACAAAAAAAUGCUUAUGAAAUCAAAUUGGCUUGCGUUAUUCUUCACAGGAAAAUUAUGAUUGAUUCAUUGUAAAGUCAGUGCAGUUGACUUUUUCAUCAGUGGAAUCUUACUGAAUAUAUUUUGGCAUUUUGCUUC